CUCUUUGGCAGACAGAGCCUCACUGUUUCGCUCAGGCUGGCCUGGAACUUGUGACUCCCUUGCCUCAGUCUCCUGAAUGACAUUCUGUUGUCUGCAGAAGCUGCAGGUGUCAGUCUCUCACCUGAGAACACAGCGUGUUAAGUUGCAAGUGUAGAUUUGGGUUGUCUGAGAGGAGCGGCUCCCCAGGCAAGCCCCUGUACUUCUUUCUGUUUCCCUGUAAGGUGGAAAGAGCCUGGAGCGUUGCUAUAAUGUGUUAGAGUUGUGUUAGUCCUUCAGGAGUAUACAUUAGAUUCUUUAGGCUCCUAAGGGGACUGGGUUUGGGCUAUAAUACUCUCUCUUCCUCCCCCUCUUCAUGACCUUUUCAUCCUGACCUUUCCUCGUCCUCUUUGAUAGUCUGUCUAUGUAGCAUAUGAUGGCUUUGAAUUUUUAGUCCUCCUGCCUCAGUUUCCCAAAUGCUACAGUUAUAGGCCUACAUGACACUACAGCUGGCCCAGGAGUGCAAACAGUCCCCCUUCCCCACCCUACUGAUCACCUGAGACCCUGAAACUCCACCGCACAUGUAAUAUUUCCUUUCAAAAAUGUCUCCCAGGUAGCAAACUCCUUCCUGGUACCCAGUGGGGUGAACUGUAGCUGGUUCAGACAGCCUGCUCACAGGAGAAAACAGUGCAGUCCUUGUCAGGACUCUCAGGUCCCAGCACUGGGGCCAAACCUGGGAAUCUGUUGUGAGCAAGUCACCUACUGUCAGCUUGUCAGGCCUCAUACAAUCUUCUCAGUGUUGGCAGCUGACGUCUGAACUGUGGGGGUUGAGGGUGAGGCUGGUUCCUAGGUGUGGUACCUUUGUGAGCCACUCUGGCCUUUGGCCAUUAGAGGUGGAACUUCCUUUUCCGUUGGGGUUAGGCAGGCAGGCUGGAAGUAGACUACAGAUCCCUCAGAGCCCACAGGCUGAACAAGACCUGGUGGAGUUGGUGGACCUGCAGUAGCUGGCAGAGUUAAUGUUUACUUCUUCAGCAUUUUAGCUCCUGCUGUAGAGAAGGGUUGUUCUCCCCCCAUCUCCCCGAGUCAGAGUUUCUCUGUGUAGCCUUGACUGUCCUGGAACUCACUCUCUAGACCAGGCUGACUGCAAACUCACAGAGAUCCUCCUGCCUCUACCUCCCAAGUGCUGGGAUUAAAGACAAUGCCAUCACUGCCCCCUGAGAAGGGUUGCUCUUAAUGAGACUGAAGAAGCUCUGGGAAGGAAGCGCUCCUUCCUGAGCUGUGAAAAACUUAACCUUUGACGUCAACACCGGUAUACUGUAGCAGAGCUGGUCUGUUUUGGCAAAGAAUUAAGUGAUGGAUGUCCUGCUGACCCUCUUCCAUGCGAGGAGCUCUGUGACGGGGACACAUCUUGUCCCCAGGGACACAAGUGCUGCAGCACUGGCUGUGGCCAUGCCUGCCGAGGAGACAUUCAGGGAGGUAUGUUGGUUCUUUGGGAGGAGAGCCACAAGUUCCCGUUGGGUACCAGGGCGGGAUGGCCAUUGUCCCAGAAUCCUGGUGGGCCUGUGUAUUGUCAACUGCAUGGUGGACGAGAACUGUCAACCUGGGGAAAAGUGCUGCAAGUCAGGCUGCGGCCGCUUCUGCAUCCCCCGGCUCCAGUCUCUCAAACAGCUCACAGACUCCAACUGGACUGAUGGUCUAAUCAGCCUUGUGUUGGAGCUGGAUGAUCUGAUGACAAGUGGCCACAUAAGGACGGUGUGACUCUGAGAAGGGCUGGUGCCUGACAGACUGCUGACCAGUUGCUGAGAUCCUGCUUCCACUAUUUUGUUUAUAAUUUUAUUGUUUACUUAAACAUCCAAAUAAAAAAGCAAGUGUUUUUCUUUUGA